GAGAUCAUACACAUAAAACAGUUGAAACACAAUUUGUUCGAUUAAUUAGUUGCAAACUCUUGUAGAUGGAUUUUCUCCUUCCUUGUGAAAACCCUAUCACAGCUGGAUUAUUUGCCGUAGUUAUUGUGUGUUUCUAUUAUCUAUCACAAAGAUACUACAGGCCGAAGGUGAAAUUAGCACCUGAAGCAAAGGGUGCAUGGCCUUUUCUAGGUCACCUUCCUUUGUUCGGAGGAUCGCAUCCUCCCCACAUAAAGUUCGGAGACAUGGCUGACAAGUAUGGACCCCUUUUCUCGGUGCGGCUUGGUGUCUAUCGAACUUUGGUGGUGAGCAGCAGUGAGGUAGCCAAGGAAUGCUUUACAACCCUUGACUUGAGAGCCUCCUCGCGCCCGAAAAUGGCAGCUGUGCAAAUCAUAGGCUAUAACAAUGCCAUGUUUGGGUUUACUUCCUCAGGGCCAUACUGGCGAGAAAUUCGUAGGAUUGCCACUCUUGAUCUGCUCUCCAACCGCCGGCUUCAGAUUCUCGGACACAUUCGAGUAUUCGAAGUGCAGACCUUCUUGAACGAGUUGUACAAAACUUGGAGCACCGCUAAUAUGAUCAAGAAGACGGAGGGCAGCUGUGAUGGUGAUCGAGUAGUGUUGGUGGAGUUGAAACAAAUGCUUGGGGACUUGACUCUCAACGUGAUUCUUAGGAUGAUUGCUGGAAAGCGCUACUGUAUUACCACUGAUGAGAACCAGAAGGAAGAAGCGCGUCGUGUACAGGAUGCAUUCAGAGAGUUUUCUUACUUUAUCGGGCUUUUGGCGGUGGGUGAUGCUCUUCCUUAUCUUCAGUGGUUGGAUUUAGGUGGACAUGAGAAGGGAAUGAAGAAAACUGCAAAGAAAAUAGACGCCAUUAUUGGGGGGUGGCUAGAAGAGCACAAGCGAAGGAAAUCACUCAAAGCAAAUGGUGGUGAUGCUAAAGGGGAUGAUGAUCAAGACUUCAUGGACGCGAUGAUUUCAGCGCUUGAAGGGGUAGACUUCGGUGGUUAUGAUGCUGAUACCGUCAACAAAGCUACAUGCUUGAUGCUGAUUGCAGGAGGUAGCGAUACCACCUUGGUAACAUUGACAUGGGCAAUUUCAUUGUUGUUGAACAAUGUUCACGUGCUAAACAAGGCUCAAGAGGAACUCGACACUGUAAUAGGCAGAGAAAAUGUUGUGACUGAGUCAGAUUUGAGCAAGCUGGUUUACAUCCAAGCAAUAGUGAAAGAAACCCUUCGUUUAUACCCUGCAGCACCAUUAUCGGCACCACAUGAAUUCAAUGAGGAUUGUACCCUAGCUGGCUAUCAUGUCCCCAAGGGCACACGGUUGAUCACAAACCUUUGGAAGAUUCAGACUGACCCACGAAUAUGGUCCGACCCAUUAGAGUUCAAGCCGGAGAGAUUCUUGACCACCCACAAGACCACGGAUGUUCGGGGUCAGCAUUUUGAGUUAAUUCCCUUUGGAAGCGGUAGAAGAGUAUGCCCUGGUUUAUCAUUUGGCCUUCAAACGGUACAGUUCACGUUGGCUAGCUUUCUGCAUGCAUUCAAAAUCUGGACUCCCUCCAAUGGCCCAGUUGAUAUGUCCGAAAGCUCUGGUCUUACAAACAUCAGAGCGACUCCGCUUGAAGUUCUUAUCAAACCUCGGUUGUCUUCCCAACUUUAUGCAUAAAUAA